AACUUUCAGUUCCCCACUGGGGUGAAGUGGGAGGGACAGGGGCCCAGAACUGGAGCCAAAGCCAUAUCCUGAGCAGGGCCUCGGAAGGUCUUCUGGCCUUUUUUUCUGGAGGGCUCCAGGCCCUAGAAACCAUGACUCAACCAGGAUGGGGGUUGCUGUUCCUGGGCCUCCUGGCCAUGGCCCAUGGGCUUCGGAGAGGAAAUGAUCUGCUCAAUGUCUGCAUGGAUGCUAAACACCACAAAAUACAGCCUGGUCCAGAAGAUGACCUUCAUCUGCAGUGUAGCCCAUGGAAGAAAAAUGCCUGCUGUACAGCAAACACAAGCAUUGCAGCCCAUGAAGAUGCUUCCUACCUGUACCGCUUUAACUAUAACCACUGUGGAACGAUGGCCCUGGCUUGCAAACGCCACUUUAUCCAGGACACUUGUCUCUAUGAGUGCUCCCCCAACCUAGGACCCUGGAUCCGGCCGGUGUCCUCAAGUUGGCGUAGGGAACGGAUGCUAAAUGUUCCCCUCUGCAAGGAGGACUGUAACCAGUGGUGGGAAGACUGCCGAACCUCAUAUACCUGCAAAGAGAACUGGCAAAAGGGUUGGAAUUGGACUUCAGGGAUUAACAAGUGCCCAGUUGAGGCUGCCUGCCACCCUUUCUCAUUUUACUUCCCAACACCAGCCUCCUUAUGUGAGAACAUUUGGGGUCACUCUUAUAAUGCAAGCUCUUUUGGCAGGGGCAGUGGCAAAUGUAUCCAGAUGUGGUUUGACCCAGCUCGGGGAAACCCCAAUGAAGCCGUGGCUAAAUACUAUGCUUCUGCCUCUGCCCCAGGCAUCUUCAGUUGCGGGGCCAGUUUCCCCUUCUUGGCUUUGACACUACUGUUGCUUCUCUGGGGUUAAUCCUCAUCAGGCAUGAAAUCUAACCCAUUUACAUGCAAAACCAUAGCCAAGAUGUGCUCUGUGUCUGAGAUCCCAGGACCCCAGCUUCCUGCCUGACACAGCCUGGCUGUCCUGAAACCCUGGCUUCCCAAUCUGGAUUCUUCCCCCUCAAAUCUGAUCUGUCCACUUGGAAACC